AUGCCUGUCAAGAUCACGCGUCAGAGCAAAGCAGUCGAGCUUCCGAACAGUAUACGCGAUCUGCCGGAUGAACUGCUCAAGAACCACAUAACAGGAAGCUCGGUCGAUUUCUAUCACGAUCGGCCUAAAGAUCUGCAAGUGGAAUCGGUAUUGUCUCUGGUUCGCGGUGAGAACUGUUUUGUGCGCGCCGGCACUGGAUUUGGGAAAACAAGGAUAUCGGAGAUGUUCUUCAAUCUCUACACGACGAAGGCGGUUGUCCUGGUUUUGAAUCCAUUGGACUCGCUCGGAGAUGAUCAGGUCCGAGAAAAGACGUUGGUUAAUAUAACAGCAAUAAAUUUGAAUAAAAUGACUUUAAAUUUUGAGACCGUUAUGAAGAUCAAGAAAGGCGAUUACAGUUUUGUUUACCUUAGCCCUGAAGUAUUUCUGAACAGCUCGCUCUUUACGGAGAUGUUUUUCAGCAGCGACUUUCAAAAUCUACUUGCAUUAAUUGUAGUUGAUGAGGCCCACAUGGUCUACCUGUGGGGCCUUGUAGCAUCAAAACAGAGUAAAAGGCUGAACUCCUUUGACCGACAUCAAGAUCGUUCGGUAUUUCGGCCAUCAUAUGGUAGUAUGUGCGAUAGAUUAAUGGCAACAAAUAAUGUGCCGCUGCUGUUGAUGUCGGCGACAUGCCGACCUGUGGUGCUUGAGGCCAUCACGUCGAAUUUGAAGCUGCAACCAGAAGACAUCAAAUUAAUCGAUGGGGAGCUGACUCGGCCGGAAAUUAGGUUGAUACGUGUCUCAAUGCAGUCAACACUGAAAUCCUGUGACGAUUUGCUCAGGAUUUACGCCCCCAAGACAGCGGUUCCUUCGGAACAAGUGGUUCCGACAAUCAUAUACUCUGGGACUCGGAAUGGGACGUUUCAAGUGAUGAGGGUUGUCAAUGAGGCCCGCCACACAAAAUGGCAUGAAUACGACCCUUUGGAUUCAUUCAUUCGUCGAUUUCACUCGGUUACUGGGGACGAAGACAAGACUGAGAACAUGGCCGACUACGCCAAAGGCAAAUACCCGGUGAUUUCGGCUACUAUGGCCUUAGGUCUAGGGCAAAACUUGAAGCGCGUGCGAUGUGUUAUUCACAUGGGGCGUGGAGACCCAUCAUCAAUUGUUCAAAUGGUCGGGCGCUGUGGACGUGAUGGAAAGACCGGUUUGGGCCUCCUGUUCAUGGAGCCAAUUAGGAAGAAAGGGAAAAACGAUGUGGCUGCCUUUCCAUCAAAGCAAAUUCAGGAUGAUGAUGAUCGCAUGGACGCUUUGGCGGUCACUCCUGUCUGUUUGAGGAUUGCACUCACAAUUGAUAACAAACAUGGUUACAUCCCAUUGGCACUUGAAGACCCAGCCUAUCAAGAAGAACAAAAGAGGGAACUUUCCAAGGGUUUUGAGAUCUGCCGAUGUUCCAAUUGUUGCCCCGCCGAGGCUGAGGCUAUUGUGAAUUUGGCACAGCAAAUGACGGUAAACAACUUUGAUGCAAUCCUGGCAGACCCACUGGCAAUGCCAAAGGACGGCACGAUUAUUACGAUGACCCGCAAAGCAAAGCCACGAAGGCCCAAGGGGACCUGUAGGCUGGUCCCUGAGGUGGCUGAAAACCUUAUAUUGUACUUGGUCGAUGACUUCAAGUUGUUCUAUUCUCAAGCACUAGGUCCAUCGGCGGAAUUCGACGCUUCAGAUUUCUUUGGAUUGUCACAUGCAACAGCAGUUGUGGCACAUUUUGACCAGGUCUGCGGGGUCAUACCACACAACACCGAACUGGCGGAGAGGCUAAUGGGUGGGGAGUUCUUUCCUGACCAGACAAGAUGGCUUAAUCAGUCUAUCAGCAAUUGGAUGGAGGGGGAAGUUUAUCAAGAUGUUCUGCGGCAUGAGGCAUUCAUUGCAUCUGAAGAGGUUCGAUUACGUGAAGAGAUCGAGGCAAAUUCCGAGGCUUUGCAAAUUGAAAAAGCAGCAUGGACGGCAGAGAAAAAAGCGAGGGCUCAAGCGGUUGUGGCCGCGGCAGCAUUGCUGAGGAAGGAGGCUUCCGAUGCAGCCAAGAAGGCAAGGGCGGAGGAGCAAGCAGUCGAGAAGAAGAGAAAACAGGAGGCAUCAAGGCUUGCAAAGGAAGCUGAACAAGAUCGCAAGCGGUUUGAGGCUGAACUGAAGAAGGCCCAACGGCUUCAAAAGCAAGCAGAUGAGGCCUUUCAAAAGCAGGAGGCACGGCGAUUGCGUAAUCUGGCUGCUGCUGAAGCAAGGGCUGUGGUUGCAGCAAAAAAGGCGGAUGAAAAACGGAUUCGGAAAGAAACAAAAGAAAACAACAAGAAACGUGCGAGCGACAAUCGAGACCUUCGAGGGAUUGUCUCAAUGAAGAGGCAAACAACUAGAGAGGAAAUGAGGCAGGAGUUGGAGGUUUACAACACACAUUUAGCCUUGGUACAUCAGGUUCCGGGGACAUCUCAAUCGGCAGGGGACUCAUGAUC